GCCAUUUUUGUCACAUGUUCAUUUUCCAUCUCACAUGACCUGUUGUUUGGCCCCGUGAUCAACCUUGCUUUAUUUCCUGGCAAAUUCAAAAUUACUGUCGAAACCACAUGGACAUGCUGGACCAGGCCUUGGAGACAGGGGGUCAGGAGCCAAAAGCUAGCGACUCUCCAUCUCCAGAGGAUCAAGUCACACUCACAGAAGCUGCUGAUGGGACAUCUGCAAUCACUGACGUAGCCAGCCAGGGCACGAUUAGUCUGGACCCGUCAAUGCAGUAUCAGUUCAGAGCCGAGGCUACACAGGGACUGGAUGGCCAGGUUACGUACCGGGUUGUUCAGGUGGCCCAGCCGGAUGGAGGGGACGCACCUGCUCAGGUUGUCCAGGCAUUCCCAGCAGGAACGCAGGUUAUUCAGAGCCCUUUCAACGGUGGCUCCCCCUCACAACAGGACGAUGGAGCUGAGCAGCGAUUUACAUAUUUUCCGACCGUGACGGCAGCCGGUGAUGCAGUUUCCUCCCAAGGCAACGAGGUCGCCACUGUACCACUUGGACAGGUUUCAACAGCAGCUGGAGGUCAGUUUUACGUGAUGAUGUCACCACAGGAUGUCUUACAGGGCCAGCAGCGGACUCUCGCCCCAAGAACUCAUAGUUUCUCACCCAAGAUAGAGGGCGGUAGAAAUACGAGGGAUGAGAGGAGGAGAGCUACACAUAAUGAAGUUGAACGACGGAGACGUGACAAGAUAAACAGUUGGAUUGUGCAAUUGUCGAAGUUGGUGCCAGAAUGUGCUCAGGAUCAUACAAAGCAGGGACAAGUGGUUGGGAGCAAGGGCGGAAUUCUUUCAAAAGCGUGCGACUAUAUCAACGAGUUACGGACAUCGAACAUGCGGAUGAUGGAAAGUUUAAAAGAAACAGAACGAUUGUCCGUGGACUCGGAAUUAUUACGGCAACAGUGCGAAGAACUCAAACAAGAAAAUGCCAUCUUACGCACCCAGUUACAGCAGCAUGGACUUGUGCCUUCAGAUAUAACUGGUGCUACGUCAUAAGAGUGGACCAUGUACAUAGCGACUGUUUGCUGAAGCGGGGGUGUCCUCUGUUGCCAUUUUUGCUUGUGAUGGUGAUGCGAUGAUGUUGCAAUCAUUAGGUUUUGUACCAGCUGUUGGAGUGCUGCCUACUUGUAAAUCUUUAUGGCCAUUGUCCACCUUAUUCUAGUGAUUGUACUCUAGAUACUAAAAUUGGAUGAAAAUGUCUCUAAAAUAUUGCAAUAUUUUCAAAAAUAACCAAACAACACAUUUGGAUACAAUUUUUUACCUUCUAGUGUAAGAUUGUACACCUUGUCCUUGAACAAUUUUGAGGCAGGCAGAUCUGCUGUUGGUCCUACGGUCUUACGGUAGCAGCUCCGCAUAUCAUGAUUUGGCCAUCCAGUUGCAAGUGUAGUCCAGGUCCACUGGUGAUGACAAGAACUAGGAUUAACUACACCCUAUCACAACUCCAUCCAAAGAAAAUUGCAAUAGGAAUUUCCUGCUAAGGGAUGACCCAUAUCUGCUACAAAAAUAAAUCUUGGAGCAAGUAGCAUUAGUUCAAAAUGCACUGCGUGUUGUGACAAUUUGGGUAGAUUACCGUUUCUAGUAUGAAGUUCACCGUUCCUAGGAUGUUUUGGAUGACUUCAGUGAUCAUCCUAAAAGCACUUGAGCAAGGCACUUCACCUUGAAAACUUACUUACUUAGGACUUGUCAUGUCUUGAGGGCAUACAAAACUUCAUUUAUAUCAGUAUCCACAUUUUUUCGGUCGCCAGCCUGCCUGUCGAUAUUUUCCCAGGUCUGGCUGCUUCAUCUCCUCUACCAUACUUGACCAGGUCUCUUUUAGACUGCCUUGAUUCCUUUCCCCAUCAGCUGUCCAUCGAAUAAAAUCCUUGGGAGUUUGCCUGGUGGCGUGCAAGUCCCAGGCUACUCUACCAUCCUUUUGUGAACAGUUUUGACGUUUGUGUGCACCCGAUUCUUUGAAAAUCUGGUCUGUGGGUUUUGGGAUUUUUUCGGACUAUUCUGCUUACUCCGCAAAUUUCCGUUUUGCAGUAGAAAUGGUUAACCCUCAACCUCCAUUUUCUUUAUGAAGUGGUCUAAUGCAUUAACUGGAAGAGUCGAAACGGGGAAAUUGAGGUGAAAAGGGUUGAUAUUGAACUUAUCAAUUGUUCGGUUGAUUUUGUAAACUCCCAUGCACAUCCUUAUCAUGAGCUAUCAGGACUUAUCAGUAUUUUCGGUUCAUGCCAGAUUUGUUGUCAUAAAUGUGGUUUCAUCCCGAUAAGCCCAGAUUGCUGUAUUUUUCUAGCUGUUUGAGAUAAAAAGAUCUUCAUUUUCCCAAUUCCUGAUUUUAAUGUGUCGUGUUUUAGUGUAUGAUUUUAGUGUUCAGUACCCAAGAAUAUAGAUGGUUUACAGAAGAGCUACAGGAUGGAUUUGGGUACAUCUACAGUAGAUAGAAACUCUCUAUUUAGGACACCCUCACCGGCAUAGCCUAGAUGCUAAAACUGCUGGCUAUCAUGAAAUAGUUGGUUGGGUGGGUCUGAUCCCCGGGAAAACUCUGGAUUGUGUAUCUGGGUCAAUAAGUGUGGCUUUCAAGGAAUUAAAAUUGCUGGCUCAAAACACAACAUAUGAGUAUUUGAGGGUCUGUCUGAUGAGAUUAAGAGCGAUGUUCCCUUGUUCCUGAGUGUCACUGCCGGGGCAAGCAAAAGAUCCCACACAGGUUGACAGUAGCCUAUAGUGGCCUCCAUACCUCCAGGAAAGAUCCAAUAGGGUUACAAUACUGGUAAUAAAGAUGAUCUUCAAAAUUGUAAAAUCCCCAAAAUAAUCUGAAAAACAAUUGCAGCCUUCCUUGUCGGAGGUUAUAUUACUGGAACCACAGCUAUUUUUUAAGCCUCGCUAUUGUUACCUGUUUAGAAUCGGGUCAAGAAAAGAAGGGCAACUUAUGGUUGAGUGAUUUCCCCUACUGAACACGACGGUCUCAAACCUUCAAUACAUAUCUUCAAAUUAUUUAUGGUAAAAUUGUUUUGUUGUAGAAUUUGUUGUGCUUUUUCUGUCCCAUGUAGUCACUAUCACAAGGUUCAGGGGCGUAUAUCGAGACAUUUUCAAAUUAAAGUUACUUCCACGCUCAGGGAUGUGACGAUGUUUGAUUUUUGGAGCAUUUAAAUUUUUUAUUUCCUAGUGAAAAGGGUUUAAUAUGACAGCAGAAAUUGAAAGCUCUAUGCCUCAGCUCUCUCCGUGGAACUUUUCAUUUUCAAAAUUUAUGAUGAGACAGGAUAAGGAUACAGUUUUAAAUGACUAUUGUUUUAGCUCGGUUAAUAUGGCACAUUUGAGUAAAAUAUUCUUUACAGUCUCAACAUUUUCAGUGGGCAUUGAAAUUUUGUUGGCCAGUACUUGCUGCUGUGUUCCCAAUUUAGGCCAGGCUUACAUACGAGUCAUAUUUUCUCUUGUCGGUAUGUUCAGUAAUUGCCUUUUGCUUGAACGCAAGACUUGAAACGACUUUAGAGGGGGUAUUGGCAUCAUGAAACUUGUGUAGUACGCUCUUUGGAAAUGGCUUGUUCUCAAAGUGACAUGUCACAAGUGUAAACUGGAACUCUAUGUUAGCUUAGCCUAAUGAGUAAUAAUGGGUGAGUAGCAUCUGUAGAUCUGGCUACAAGUGUGCGUGUAUCUGGAUUUGAGUAAAACAGGUUUCCUAGGCAUCUUAAAUUUGCUCUGUAGAUCUGCCAUGUAGUAUCGACAGGGAUGUAUGUGUAUGUAUGUAAUGUAUUACGCGGCUUCACAAAUGCCCUGUAAAUAAAAUUUUGUUACACUAAAUAAAAUAUUAUG